UUACGUUUACUGCGAAGACUGCAAAAAUAAAAAAUGGGUAUCUUAUUAAAUAAAAUAAUCAGUAAAAUCAUCACAUAAAAACACAUAAGUAUAAGUGGUACUAAACUAAUUAACAAAAAAUGGAUUCUAGCAACAUUAUACGUAACAAACUUAGCAAAUCUCGUGAUACGAGCAGUCUUGCAUCUGCAGCUAUGGCGUCCAAACACCUCGCGUCGCACUGGAUGGAAAGGGUGUUGGAAGACAAUGCCAAUGAAGAGCCGGCGGGCUGGCGGGUCAAGCUGCUGGACACUCGGUCCCGCUCGGCCGUGUGGUGCGUGUGCGCGCUGCUCGGCGUGUAUCCCCGCAGCGGCGCCGCGGCCGAGGCCUGCCGCCUACUGGAGCGCCACUUCGCCGCCAUACUGCAGGACUGGCUGGCUAGGAUGGACAGCCAGCGAGUAGACCCGAACAUAUGGGACAACUACAAGCGGCAGUUGUCUAAGAAGGUCCCUCUGCUGAUGGCCUCGUGUGUGCAGCUCGCGGCCAAAAUGAACUGCGCAGGCUUGCAGAUCACGGCUAAAAAGGUAAAGACUACCUUAGCUUCCACAGGAUUGAAUUAUUCAAUACAAGAAGUGAUACAGGCAGAAUUCGACGUUUUUCGGAGCUUAGGGUUUCGCGUGCCGCUGUACUGCAGCCUCGAGAUAGCUCUGCUGCUGGCGCAGCAGCCGGGGUGCGGCGCGGGGGCCGGGGGGCGCGGCGCGGGGGCCGGGGGGCGCUGCGAGGGCGCCGGGGGUCGCGGCACGCUGGCGGCGGCGGUGGAGGCGGCCGAGCUGUACCGGAGUGACAUCACACGCCGCACGCUGCGCCUCGCCAGUCUGGAACAUACAGACCCAACAAGCGGCGGCACCCUGCGCACACUACCGCUCUGUGCCGGCGCGGUCGCCGCGUGUCGACAACUGGCCACAGGUCGCUCCUCCACAACCCACGUCCACAACCUGGCCCUGCUCACGAAAAACCCGCAGCUGCUCAUCUCAUGUGUCUGCAACCUAAUCGUGCAAGCUGUGCUGUCGCCAGAAAGCCUGGCUGAUGGUUCGGAUGAUGAUGAGGAGAAUGAGAGGUGCAGCAGGAAACGAAGGCGUUCGGACAGCUCGUAGGUAGAGAUGGAAUUUUAAAAACGUAAUUGUUGAUUGGGAUGUCGGUGCGGUGGUAGCUCAGUGGGGUAAGUGCCUGCUUCUCACGCCAAUGAGUUCUUUGAAUUAAGUACAAUGUAUACCAUCGCUUUUACGGUGAAGGAAAACAUCGUGAGGAAACCUGCAUAUCUAGAUUUAGCACAUCUAGAUAUGUGAACCCACCAACCCGCA